AUGCCGCCCACAGACUGUUUUAGCCCAACGGCACCACGACUUGACGCCAGGCGCGAGACCAGUGGUGACGCACCAGAAUGCUUCUGUCUGUGUGGCCCUGGGACGCAAACCAUGUCCGCCCAAGCCCUGAACCCAAAGCACCAACCUGCCCGCCUGCCCGCCGCCCGCAACUGGGCGUGCAGCUAUCCCGCAACGGCCGACACAAGUCCCAGCAGCCGAGGCCUCGCCGCCGCCGCCGCCGCCAACCAAGCCAGGCACACAGGCACAGGCACAGCGAUCGGAGCCACUCAGAGCCACUCAGCGCUGCGACCGGGGGCCACGACAGCCGACCUUCCACGGCUCAGGAGACGGCGGGCCUGCGAUAGGGCAGUCCUUGCCACGACCCUCGCCGAGCCACUCCAGCCAUCGCCAGAGUUGUCUCAACGGGCGAGGGCCGCAUCAAGCUGGCACGACGCUGCUCUGGGGGCGCGCGUCAUGUACAUGUCUUCCCCCAAACAGCCUGCGCCCACCGUCCAAACGGUUGCGGUCGCUGUCGCUGUCGCUGUCCCUCCUCCUCGACUGCCCCUCGGUCGACUGCUCGGUCUGGCAUCGCUCACCGCGCGGCGGCCGCGGGACGCACGACAGAGCGCACGGUGGCCUAAAUUAGUUUUGGCCUCCGUCGUCGAUGCAAGCAUCCAAGGCGCUCUCCCACAGCCUGCCCAGCCUCGUGGCAUGCGCCUACCACCUCGCUCUUCUCAAAUCGUCGGUCACAACUCCCCUUCUGGCUUCGUCGACACCGACUCGGGAGCCCUCGUCGCAGAUCACUCGCCUGCGUCCCCAAAGGACGAGAGGAUCCCGACGACGGCGGGCGGCAGUGUCGUCUGA